CGAAAUGGCAUAUCCCAAGCCUCGGGGCUUCCUGGCCGAAAAGGGGCCCUUCACCCACCGGGAUGCUGCCCAUGAGGGCAAGUUUGCUCGCAACCAGGAGGCCGAACAGAUGCGGGUCCUGCGACAAAGGUUGUCGGAGCAGCGAGGACGGAUUGACGAGUUGGAGAACUACAUGUCCCAAUCGAGAAUUCGCUAGACCAGACGCAGUGAAGCAGCACUAAGAGCGCCA